AUGUCUGAAAUUACUUUGGGUAGAUUCUUCUUUGAAAGAUUGCACCAAUUGCAAGUUGACACCGUUUUCGGUUUACCAGGUGAUUUUAACUUGGCUUUAUUAGAUAAAAUCUACGAAGUCGAUGGUAUGAGAUGGGCUGGUAACGCCAAUGAAUUGAACGCUGGUUACGCUGCUGAUGGUUACGCCAGAGUUAAUCCAAAUGGUUUGGCUGCUUUAGUCUCCACCUUCGGUGUUGGUGAAUUGUCUUUGACUAACGCCAUUGCUGGUUCUUACUCUGAACACGUUGGUAUCAUUAACUUGGUUGGUGUUCCAUCUUCUUCUGCUCAAGCUAAACAAUUGUUGUUGCACCACACCUUGGGUAACGGUGAUUUCACUGUUUUCCACAGAAUGUUCAAGAACAUUUCUCAAACUUCUGCUUUCAUCUCCGACCCAAACACUGCUGCUUCUGAAAUUGACAGAUGUAUCAGAGAUGCUUACGUUUACCAAAGACCAGUUUACAUUGGUUUGCCAUCUAACUUGGUUGAUGUUAAAGUUCCAAAAUCUUUGUUGGACAAAAAAAUUGACUUGUCCUUGCAUCCAAAUGAACCAGAAUCCCAAGCUGAAGUUGUUGAAACCGUUGAAAAAUUCAUUUCUGAAGCUUCUAACCCAGUUAUCUUGGUUGAUGCUUGUGCUAUCAGACACAACUGUCUUAAAGAAGUUGCUGAAUUGAUUGCUGAAACUCAAUUCCCAGUCUUCACCACUCCAAUGGGUAAAUCAAGUGUUGAUGAAUCCAACCCAAGAUUCGGUGGUGUUUACGUUGGUUCUUUGUCUUCUCCAGAUGUUAAAGAAGCCGUUGAAAGUGCUGACUUGGUCUUAUCUGUUGGUGCUAUGUUGUCUGAUUUCAACACUGGUGCUUUCUCUUACAACUACAAGACCAGAAAUGUUGUUGAAUUCCACUCUGAUUACACCAAGAUCAGACAAGCUACUUUCCCAGGUGUCCAAAUGAAAGAAGCUUUGCAAGUUUUGUUGAAGACUGUCAAGAAAUCUGUCAAUCCAAAAUACGUCCCAGCUCCAGUUCCAGCUACCAAAGCUAUUACCACUCCAGGUAACAACGACCCAGUCUCUCAAGAAUACUUGUGGAGAAAAGUUUCUGACUGGUUCCAAGAAGGUGAUGUUAUCAUUUCUGAAACCGGUACCUCUGCUUUCGGUAUUGUCCAAUCUAAAUUCCCAAAGAAUGCCAUUGGUAUUUCCCAAGUCUUGUGGGGUUCUAUUGGUUACGCUACUGGUGCUACUUGUGGUGCUGCUAUGGCUGCUCAAGAAAUUGACCCAAAGAAGAGAGUUAUCUUGUUCACUGGUGAUGGUUCUUUGCAAUUGACUGUCCAAGAAAUCUCUACCAUGUGUAAAUGGGAUUGUUACAACACCUAUCUUUACGUUUUGAACAACGAUGGUUACACCAUUGAAAGAUUGAUUCACGGUGAAAAAGCUCAAUAUAACGACAUUCAACCAUGGAACAACUUGCAACUUUUGCCAUUGUUCAACGCUAAGAAAUACGAAACCAAGAGAAUUUCUACUGUUGGUGAAUUGAACGAUUUGUUCACUAACAAAGAAUUUGCUGUUCCAGACAGAAUUAGAAUGGUUGAAAUUAUGUUGCCAGUUAUGGAUGCUCCAGCUAACUUGGUUGCCCAAGCUAAACAAUCUGCUGCUACCAACGCUGCUCAAGAAUAA